AUGGAAAUUAACAAAUUAGAAAAUCUGGUUAAAAUAACCAAUGAACAAAUAGAUUUAUUAUCAGAACUAGGUGAUGACGAUUGUAAAUUAGCAAAGAAAUUAUCGUUGAAAAUAUUAGAAAUUGUAAAAUUAAAAAAAGAAAAUAUAGUAAUACAAAACACUGAAAUACCAACAAAUGGCCACUUUUUUAUGACAAAAAUAUGGAGAAAUAUUACUAUAAGAAGUGAAAUUUUAAAUCAAGUUAAAAAAUUCAAUAACCACUAUCAUGAAAGAUUGUUUUAUAUUUCAGAAGAAGAUAUUUUAAAUGGUGUGGAUGGAAUAAGAAAGUACCAGUAUAAAGAAUAUUUCCAAAGAAUUGGGGUAUCUUCAAAAGAAUCUAUCAAAAAUUUCCAAUCAUUUAUAAAAUUUCUACACAGUUCGAUGCCCACGAAUGUCAAUUAUUUAAACUUAGAAAUGACUAAGUUGUCCCAAUUCCAAGUCGACCAGCCAGUAUAUAUAAAUGAACCACUCGUACCAAGUUCAAUUACCACUUUGUGUAUGCCAAAGGUUUUUAAUUUCAAAAUUGGCCCCAAGGCAAUCCCACCUACGGUAAAUUCUCUUCAAUUAGGUAGUUUUGAUCAUCCUCUGUCAGAGUCAAUUGUUCUAUCAAAUGGUACUCUUUUAUUGGAGCCAGUGCUACCCAACAUAGGUUUAAAGUACUUAGACUUAGGUGGUUUAUUUAAUCAAACUAUUUAUCCUGGAGUACUCCCUCAAACCUUGACAAGUCUUAAACUAUCAAAUUAUUUUAACCAACACCUGAUUGUUGGAAGUUUACCCGAUGGAAUAAAACACCUUAAAAUGGGAAUACUUUUUAAUAAGAAACUAAUAAAAGGGGUAUUGCCCUCGAAGCUAGAGCAUCUUGAACUUUCAAUUCAUUAUAAUCAGCCAAUAGACGAGAAUGGUAUUCUACCAUCAGGUUUAAAAGUAUUGGUUUUUGAUUUGUUUAGUCAAUAUGAUCACCCGAUCGAGGCUGGUGUUUUUCCAGAUAGCUUAACAGAUUUAAAACUUGGUCAAGAUUUUAACCAAAGCUUGGAAAAUCUUCCUAAAAGUAUAAAAAAACUAACGAUAUGCGAGUAUUUAGAUCAAGAUUACUUUCCAACAAUUCCCGAAUCAGUUGAAGAUUUAAGAUUGUUCGAAUUCUCUGAUAAUUCAGUUUUGGAUGAAGAAUGGCACAGUGGUUUGGAUGCUUUAAAAUCAUUAGAGAUUUCCGAAAGACAAACAUUAUUAUCAAUUCCAUCGAGCAUUACUAGAUUAAAGGGUUUUACAAUAUUGGAGGAGUCAAAUCAGUCAUACAGAGACCAGUUAUCAUUAUUACAUAGCAUUACAAAUUUAAAAGAACUCUCAGUUUUCAUUCCCCAUCAUAAAACGUUACAAGAAUUUGAAAUCCCAAAACAAAUAGAAUUUUUAAAAUUCGAAGCACUAAGUUCCCAAUUAUUUACUAGAACACUUCAACAUUGUUAUCAAUUACACACCCUCAUAUUUUCAUUUGAAUAUAAAAUGCCAAUUUUACCAAAUAGUCUCCCAGAUAGUUUAACAACUUUAGUACUAAGCCCCAAUCAGAAUAUUCCCUUUGAAAAAGAUGCUCUUCCAUCAGGUUUAAAGAACUUAUCAAUUAAAGGUUAUGAUAUACCAUUGGAAAGUUCUCAUUUUAGUCAAUCAAUCAAACUUUUAGAAUUUGGUUAUGAUUGUACUCAAACCUUAACAGAAAAUAAUCUACCACCAGAAAUCGAAACUCUUAUCAUUUGGGGAUUUAAAACCAAAAUUCAACUACCUCUUCCAAAAACUUUAAAAACAAUAUAUCUUUUUAGUGGUAAUCAAACUAUUUUAGAAAAUAUUGAAUUAUUCAAUACUUUAUUACCUGUAAUUAGAGUUUUAAAUAGCAAUUUAUUAUCAAAAAUAUUUGAUAAACAAUGUAAAUAA